AUGUCCCCAUAUCAACUGGUAUACGGAGAGGCCUGUCACUUGCCAUUAGAGCUGGAGCACAAAGCCUCUUGGGCUCUUAAGAUACUGAACUUGGACAGCACCGCUGCUGGUGAAAAGAGGAUCUUGCAGCUGCAAGAACUGGAAGAGUUUAGAUCUCAAGCCUAUGAAAAUACCAAGAUCUAUAAGGAAAAUGCAAAAAGGAGACACGAUCUCAACCUGGCACCAAGAAGUUUCGAAGAAGGACAAUAUGUGCUUCUCUACAACUCCAGACUGAAACUCUUUCCUAGAAAACUCAAAUCAAGAUGGUCGGGGCCCUUUCUAGUUACAAAAGUCUCACCGUAUGGACAUAUAGAAAUCAUGGAAGAAAGCUCAAAGAGGACAUUUACUGUGAAUGGGAAAAGACUCAAGCACUACUUGGGCAGCAUGGGGGAAGUUCCGAAACAGAAAUAUAACCUCAACUAG